AAAAACUGAUCGACACCAACCUGAACUCAUCCAGAAAUAGAAACUUAAACCAUCUCUUCUCUUGAGUAUCAUCAACUACAUUUUUCUUGAUAUCAAACUCUUCCCAAUCGGAAUCGGUUGACUUUCAUUAGGUCUAAAUCAUAUCAAUCGAUCAAAUCUCUCAUCACAAAAAGUUUUUUUACUCUUUUCAGUUUCAACUGUUUUCUCGGAUUUCAAAACGUCAUGAAUCCAAACGCAAAUUCAUUCCAAGGCUUUCGAACCAACGCAAACACCUUUCAACCAGGUGCUGGUCAAGCUCAGUCUCAAUACGGUGGUGGAUUUCAACAAGGAGCAGGUUAUGGUGGUGGUGGUGCUUAUCCACCACAAGGAGCUCCUAAUCAUGGCUAUCAACAACAUUAUCAGCAUCCUCAUCAUCAACAACAAGCUUAUGGACAACACCAAGCUUACAAUCAUCAAUAUCCCGGUGCUUAUGGUGCUCAACAACCAUUUCAUCCUCCUCCUCAUUCUUAUGGUUAUCCUCAGCAACAGUAUCAACGUCCUCAACAACACCAAGCACCUGAUAAUUGGGAAGAUCCUGUUCCACGUUCUACAGCUCCAUCCGCUCAACCUCCACGUGUCAACCCAGCUGUUAAUUCUGCACCAGUAGUUAAUGCGAACGGAGGCAAGACGAUCUCUUUGGCUUCUACCACUCGAUCAAAGCCUAGUGCGCCUGGUGCUGGAAGUGUGGAUAAGCCUGCAGUGAUGUCCUUGAGUAUCGGAGGCUCGAAAAAGAAAGACACUCCACCUACUAAAUCGGCUGUGGAGUUGAAGAACAGUGCUCCGAGUAGUCGAGCUCAAACUCCUGCACCAUCAAACAAAAAGGUGAUGUCUAAUAACAACUCACCUGGUUCAUCGAACGUCAAGACGGUUCUUCAAUCCGAUUCGACGACUUCGACUCCUCCUGCUCAAGUCGAGACCCCUCGAACACGCGAGAAUACUGACUCAUCCACCCACGAAAGUACGGGAAAAGUCAUCACUAUGGGAGAAGUUCGACGACAUGUGAAAGAUGCAGAUGCGAUCAAAUCUGAAGUAGAAGCAGCAGUUGAUGAAGAAACCUUACGUGAUCUUUAUGAAACUAAAAAAGAUAGCGAAGUGAAAGAAGAAGGUAAAACACAUGUCAACAUAGUCUUUAUUGGACAUGUAGAUGCAGGUAAAUCGACGAUGGGAGGUAAUAUAUUAUAUUUAACUGGAAUGGUAGAUAAACGUACGAUGGAAAAAUUAGAAAAAGAAGCCAAAGAAGCCGGUAGAGAGUCUUGGUAUCUUUCAUGGGCAUUAGAUUCAACAAUACAAGAGAGAGCUAAAGGAAAAACAGUAGAGAUCGGUCGAGCUUAUUUCGAAACUGAAAAGAGAAGAUAUACGAUUUUAGAUGCACCAGGACAUAAGACUUAUGUACCGGCUAUGAUCUCAGGUGCAAGUCAAGCUGAUGUGGCUAUCUUGGUGAUUUCGGCUAGAAAAGGUGAAUUCGAAACUGGAUUCGAAAGAGGUGGUCAAACUAGAGAACAUGCAAUGUUAGUGAAGACUACAGGAGUUUCGAAAUUGAUUGUGGUGAUCAAUAAGAUGGAUGAUAUUACUGUUGAAUGGGAUCAAGCUAGAUUUGAUGAGAUCAUUAAUAAAUUAACUCCAUUUUUAAAAGGAACCGGAUUUAAUCCAAGUAAAGAUAUCACUUUUAUUCCGGUUUCAGGGUAUACUGGAGGAAACAUUAAGGAUAAAGUAAGCAAGGAGAAAUGCCCUUGGUAUGAAGGUCCUCCUCUUUUAGAGUUAUUGGAUAACAUGCAACUCUUGGAUCGAAAAUAUAAUGCACCUUUAAUGAUGCCUGUUUCUGAAAAAUAUAAAGAUAUGGGAACUGUAGUCGUUGGUAAAUUGGAAUCAGGUAGGGUUUUGAAGGGUGAUACAGUCUUGAUGAUGCCCAACAAGACUACGGUUGAGGUUUCAGCAAUCUAUAAUGAAAUGGAAGAUGAAGUUCCUAGAGCUUUGUGUGGUGAUAACGUUCGGAUCCGAUUGAAAGGAAUCGAAGAUGAGGAUGUAUUACCAGGAUUUGUUUUAACAGAUCAUCAUAAACCGAUCCAUACAGUUUCCAGAUUCGAAGCUCAAUUAGCCAUCUUAGAUUCGAAAAACAUAAUUUGUGCAGGAUAUGGAGCUGUGAUGCAUGUACAUACUUUGGCAGAAGAAUGUACACUUUCAGGUUUGUUACAUUAUUAUGAUAAGAAAUCAGGUAAGAAGUCUAGAAGACCACCUCAGUUUGCUAAGAAAGGAAUGAAGGUCGUCGCUUUACUUGAGAUGGCUGCACCGAUUUGUGUUGAAACUUUUAAAGAUCAUCCUCAAUUAGGUAGAUUCACAUUAAGAGAUGAAGGUAAAACGAUUGCGAUUGGAAAGAUUACUAAAUUGAUCGAACAUCAAGAUGAACUGAGUGGAAUGGCUAAACUAAGUGUAACCGGAACGAAUGUGAAUAACUCAACUCCUUCUGCUCCAACAACAUGAAUGAUCGACUUGUUUGAUUUUUCAACUCUUUUUUUUCUUUCGUAACAAUGUGUUCAUUAUUUUAUAUCUCUUUUUUAUAUACUUUGCUUUGUUUUUGUUUUUUCUUUUUUUCUUUCUUUCUCUUUGGUCAAAUUUAACGUUUCUUUUUCUUUCAGUUUUACCAACACCAAAUGACUAAGACUUUUAGGUUGGAUUUCAUGUGUUAGAUAUCGGUUUUUUUUUAUUAAAUUGAGAUUGGUUCUUUAAUAAAAUGAAAUGUCGUUAUGAAUGAGG